AUGGUCAUCGAUUUCAAGGGCUUCCGAGAAGGGGUGAAGAAGCUCAACCUUGGCCUGACGGAGCCCGAGAUCCUGGACUUUUUCCGAUCCUUCGACGCCGAUGGCAGCGGGGGCAUCGACUUUUCAGAGGUGAGGAAGGCAAUUCGCUGAACCGAGUGGAUACAGUGUGCAGCUAACGACACUUCAACCUGGGUUCGAAUCCCUGCGUGACCGUUUGUGACGCCUUUUUUUCCCGGAAAAUAGAAAAUGUCCGGAAUACACGCAUCCAAGUCAUGGUAUGCAUUCCAGUCCUCCAAGCGAGUACACAUACAUGACCCUAACCUCCUCCUCCUCGGCCUGCUCCCCGGCCGGGGCCGAAAUCGACCUAGUGAGUCCCUCGCGGGCGAACCAGGACACAAGAGAUAGUAGGCGGGUGGUGUCCCAAGGUGCAACUCACCGCCGCGCUGGCUCAGCGUGGCGGUGAGGAUGCACAGACGGUGGUAGUGGCGAGAGGUGUGUAUGGACACUGUUCCCGCGGCAGUAAUGCAAAGCGGCAAACUGCACCUGGCAACCACCGUCGCGGAAAGCGUGGCCCACGAAGCUGGAGGAGUAGAGAGAUUCGUAAACACCACGUCAGUAAGCACCGCUCGCGGGAGAAGGGAGACGACCGCGGGCACCGCGGGGAGGGAGUGCUGCACCCUCCUCGUCAAAACACCACAGGCAAGAACCGAGCUCUGCAGAGAUGGAUUGAUGCGAGGAAACUCGCCGCUCGGAAAAGACGGAAGAAAGCACACCCGCAACGCGAGGUGGACCGAGAGAGACACGAGACCGCAGCGGCCGUCAAGGCAGCUGCGAAGAAGAAGGCACGAGAGGGCGACCUAUCGUUCGGCACGUUCAACGUA